AUGAAAUCAGAGGCUUUGACGUUGGUGCUGGUCAAUCUGGCUGGCAUUAUGGAGAGAGCUGAUGAGGCGUUGUUGCCAGGCGUGUACAAGGAGGUUGGUGAAGCUCUACACAUCGAUCCAACUGGGUUGGGCUCACUCACUCUGUUCCGAUCCUUAGUGCAGUCUUUAUGUUACCCAAUAGCUGCUUACUUAGCUCUUCGCCACAACCGUGCCCAUGUCAUUGCUCUUGGCGCUUUUCUCUGGGCUGCUGCCACUUUCUGUGUUGCCAUCUCUUCCACCUUCUUUCAGGUGGCGGUCUCUCGAGGUUUAAAUGGAAUUGGACUUGCUGUAGUUAUACCUGCUAUUCAAUCCCUUGUUGCUGAUUCAACUGAUGAUAGCAACCGUGGUUUGGCUUUUGGAUGGCUGCAACUGACAGCAAACCUUGGAUCCAUAAUUGGUGGGCUGUGUGCUGUACUUUUUGCUGCAACUUCUAUCAUGGGUAUACCUGGUUGGAGAAUUGCUUUUCAUCUGGUUGCUAUCAUAAGUGUCAUAGUUGGUAUAUUAGUCCGCCUUUUUGCAAAAGAUCCACGUUUCUAUGAGAGCAAUAGUUUAACUAGAAAUCAAAUUCAAAAGCCUUUUUGGUCAGAUGUGAAGGACCUAAUUCAUGAAGCAAAGUCAGUUAUUAGAAUCCCAUCUUUCCAGGUAAUUGUGGCUCAGGGUGUUUUUGGAUCAUUCUCUGGGUCAGCUUGGUCGUUUGCUCCUAUGUGGUUGGAACUUGUAGGUUUCUCCCACGAAGAAACAGCGUUCCUUUGGACUAUACUAGUAAUUGGUGUUUCACUUGGGGGUCUGUUUGGUGGAAGGAUGGGGGAUAUUGUUGCAAAGCGUUUACCUAAUACUGGAAGAAUAAUUUUGUCACAGAUAAGCUCAGGUUCGGUCAUUCCUUUAAUAGCACUUUUCCUGCUUGUAUUGCCUUAUGAUCCAUCUACGGCAUUCAUGCAUGGACUGGUAUUGUUCAUUAUAGGAUUUUGUGCAUCCUGGGAAGCUCCAGCAACUAACAAUCCAAUCUUUGCAGAAAUAGUCCCUGAGAAGUCUCGUACAAGCAUCUAUGCUUUGGAUCGAUCUUUUGAGACUAUGCUAGCAUCAGUAGCUCCUGCAAUAGUUGGGAUUUUGGCUCAGAAUGUAUAUGGUUAUAAAGCAAAUCGGGAAGGAUCUUCUAACUCUUUAGGGAUUGAUGAAACAAAUAGAGAAAAUGCUGCAUCACUCGCCAAGGCACUCUAUGUAGCAAUUGGUUUUCCAUCGGCAAUUAGCUGCUUCAUCUACUCAUUCCUCUAUUGCACAUACCCACGAGACCGUGAACGGGCAAGAGUGAAUUCAUUGAUAGUGUCAGAAAUGCAACAGCUUGAGGCGAAUGAUUCUCCUUCAAGUGAAAUUGACAUUAAUGACAAGUCAACUCUGCUUUCCCUAUCAGCUAACAUUCACAGACAUGGAAGGAUGAUGAACUCAAACAAUAAAAAGACUUAAUGGGCACACAUUUUGUAUUGUGUGUUUGCUUCUGAAGUUUC